AUGGUGAGCCAUGAGGAAGACGAAGAAUCACAACCUCUCAUGGCUCGCACCGAUUCCAUAGACGUCGGCGUCGUGCCCGUCAGCGGCAGCGGCAGCGGCAGCGAUUCCGAUCGCGAGAAUGCCCAUCCUGAUGCGCCGCUCGAUAACGGAACGACGCUCGAAGUCGAUGACAGCAGCCCCUCGACCCCACGGUUCAUCCAAGACGAGACUACAUGGAAGAGGUGGAAUUGGGUCCCAUACCCCAUUCGACGAGCUUCGAAAUGGGUUGCGAAAUGGUCUCACGGCCCUGUGAACCCUCAGCCUUUUCGCAUUAAACCACUCUUCCCGGCUAUCCAGGAAUACCCCCUCGUCCUUGUCGAUCGCAUCAUUCCUAGUCUCAAACACCGAUUUUGGCUCGUCUUCUGCUAUCUAUCCAUCUGGGUCGUCACUUUCGCUCUCGUCAAACGCCGCGACACCAUGGCCAGCGAGAUAGAAGGAUGGGGCACACCACAAACCAUUGGAUGCGGUGUUUCAUACUGGGCCGCCGGGAACCUGUGCGGGCUGGAUGGAAGCGACUGUCGCCCUUUCAAUGGCAGUGGUUUUCCAUUCAAGUGCAGGGCCAAUUGCGAAAACUACCAUGUUUUGAACCCCAGAGCGGUUGGGGACCAAGAGCUCAUCUAUGCACCCAUGGUCGUAGGAGGGCCGGGUACCAAUGGGUCUGCUGAGCCUGUGUACCGCGGAGACUCCUUCGUCUGCGCUGCUGCUAUCCACGCCGGCGUCGUUUCGAACCAAGACGGCGGUUGUGGUGUUGUUGAGCUGAUUGGCCGUAAUGAGAAUUUUGCUGCGUCUAAACACCAUGGUAUCUCAAGUAUGGGAUUUGACUCUUAUUUCCCAUUGUCCUUCCGCUUCGUUCCAGAUGUCAAAUGUUCCGCGAUCGAUUCGCGAUGGGAUCUGUUGGCUGUUUCAACCGUCUUUGCUGGAGUUUUGUCUCUCUUCACCAACUCCGCUCCGCUCUUCUUCUUCACCAUCUUCACGGCCAUCUUCUGGACUGUGGGUAUGGCACUUGACCCGCCUCCAUCGAGAACAGUUGCGUCUUUGUUCUCCAAUUUGAUUGGGAAGUUCCUCCCUGCAAUGUUUUGUGCAUGGGUCAUGUAUGACAAGAUGGGUGUUCGUCGCACUCUCAAGGGUCUCACAGCACAGAUCGAAAAGACAAUAUUGUGGCUCGGCGGAUGCUGGGUUGGUGGAAUGGAGAACUAUACCCUUAGCUUCAUCCCCAUUUCGCGCCUCAACAAGCACGAUCUGAACCAGCAACCAGGGGCCAGGGCAGCCCUUGCUAUCAUCAUAAUCGUGCUUGUCGUCAUUGUCUGUUCACAGGUGUGGUUCUUCCGGAAAGAAGGGCGCUUGAUUAAAUACCUCAAGCUCUACGCACUCCUUAUUGGGGCCAUCCUCAUCUCCCUGACCAUUCCGAGCCUCAAUCUGCGGAUUCAUCACUACAUCAUUGCCCUCCUGCUUCUUCCUGGAACGAGCAUGCAGACAAGACCAUCUCUUCUAUACCAGGGACUUCUCGUUGGGCUCUUCAUUAGUGGUAUCGCUCGAUGGGGCUUUGACCCUGUGCUCCAAACCUCUGAAGCUCUACAAGGCGACGCUCAAAAGGGCUCCAAAUUGCCAUCAAUCGCCGAGCCUGUCAUUCACCUUGCCAAUGGCACAGACACAUUGUCAAACAUCACCUUCACAUGGAACGAGCCGCCACGGCAGCUGUACGAUGGGAUCAGUAUCCUGGUAAACGACGUGGAGCGUUUCCGUACAUACUUUGGCGAUGUCGAUGCGGAGCGUAGCUUUGUCUGGAGCAGAAACGGCACUUUGGAUUUGCCAGAGUACUUCCGCUUUGCAUAUAUGGAUGGAAGUGAAAGUGGAGAUUAUACCAAAGCCGGCAUCUGGACAGCAGAUGGCGAGUGGAACAAGAUGAAACCUGGACCCUCACGGCUCAAGGCCCGCAGUUUGGACAAUGCUUAG